AUGUAUACCAAGCAACGGAUGCUGGAAAGCAACGCAGCAAUGGGCCUUCGCCGGACGUGCCCGGCAUUCCUGUGGUUGAACGGGAUUAUUACACAUAAGGCCGGCGAUGAACGACAGGCUCUCCACUCAAUCAUGAAAGACCUGGUGGCACUGCAGAUGACGCGGCGACAACCUGUCCUACCGUAUGACAGCGACGGUGGUAAACUUGAGACAUUUCAGGGUAAUAGACAGGAGGAUGUCAGGAUCAAAUUUGAGUUCUCAGGAGAGAGGAGGAUCCUCGUGUUUGGCAGACCUGUGCAGUUUGACGACGUCCAAUGCAAAGUCAAGCUGGUGUUUGGCCAACAACUGGACCUCCAUUACAUGAGUAACGAGUUAUCCAUCCCACUGCGAGGCCAGGAUGACCUCGACAAGGCUGUAGACCUGCUGGACCGAAGUGCCAACAUGAAAAGCGUCAGGAUCCUUCUGCUCGCCCAGCAACAUGAAAAUGCCUCCUUGACAACCCAGCACGUGCCUUCCAAGCAGGUUCGAAUAAAGGCCUCUCAAUCUACCGGAGAUGUUAGCAUUGCUUAUCCGGUAUCAGAGUCGAGAGGGCGCCACCUGUCCACCGGUUCCCAGAACACAGGUCGCAGCUCGCCACCUCCAGGCUACGUUCCGGAACGCCAGCAGAGGAUCGCCCGUCAAGGUUCCUACACCAGCGUCAACAGCGAGGGCGAGUUCAUCCCUGAGACCAGCGACCAGUGUGUUCUGGAUCCCUGGAGCAGUGCUGAGAACUCAGUGUCUGGAAGUUGUCAGUCUCUGGACAGUAACACAGACAGCCCCUCCCAGAGAAAGUCUCGCAUGUACCGAGCCAAGAGUUAUCCAGACAACAGGCAAGAGUUCUCAGAUAGGGAGAACCAUGUCUACGACCGCAUAGUCGGCAAGGGAGGCACGUACCCUCGUCGCUACCACAUCUCAGUGCAUCAAAAGGACCUCAACGAAGGGCGUCGCACUUUUCCACGCAUCCGUCGCCCGCAAGGGAACCUCUUCACCCUUGUGCCUUCGCGCCGCUCUCUCAACGGAAGCGAAGAAAGCAUCGGGAGCUGGCAGCUGAUGGACACCCAGGGCAGGCUCCGACCACAGGAAUGCUCCGUUGCCCAUAAAUCCCCCAGUGCUCCGGUGACAUGGCGCCGAGGAAAGCUCCUGGGCCAGGGGGCAUUUGGGCGUGUUUACCUUUGCUAUGAUGUGGACACAGGACGCGAGCUGGCCGCCAAGCAGGUCCAGUUCGAUCCAGACAGUCCUGAGACCAGCAAGGAGGUUAGCGCCUUUGAGUGUGAAAUCCAGCUGCUGAAGAACCUUCGCCAUGAGCGCAUCGUGCAGUACUACGGCUGCCUGAGGGACCGCAAUGAGAAGACUCUCACGAUCUUCAUGGAGUACAUGCCUGGGGGUUCUGUCAAAGACCAGCUGAAGGCUUAUGGUGCGCUGACAGAGAGCGUGACCCGGAAGUACACCCGUCAGAUCCUGGAGGGAAUGUCCUACCUGCACAGCAACAUGAUCGUGCAUAGAGAUAUCAAAGGAGCCAAUAUUCUGCGGGACUCAGAGGGCAAUGUCAAGCUGGGCGACUUCGGGGCCAGCAAGCGUUUGCAGACCAUCUGCAUGUCCGGAACUGGCAUACGAUCAGUGACGGGCACCCCCUACUGGAUGAGCCCGGAAGUCAUCAGCGGGGAAGGCUACGGCAGAAAGGCCGAUGUCUGGGGUCUUGGCUGCACGGUGGUGGAGAUGCUAACGGAGAAGCCCCCGUGGGCCGAGUACGAGGCAAUGGCGGCCAUCUUCAAGAUUGCCACACAGCCCACGAAGCCUCUGCUGCCAGCAGGCACCUCCGAGCAGGCGCACGACUUUGUCCGCCGUAUCUUUGUGGAGGCCGAGCAGCGACCCAGCGCCGAAGACCUGCUCAGACACCCCUUUUCACACAGCUAA